AUGGACAUGCCAAACGGCACCCACCCAUCUCAGAUGUUUAAUCACCAGCUGAUAGAAGCCACUCAAACCGCACUGCAAGUUCAAAAGCAUGAUGGAAAACUCCAAAGGAGAGAUUAUAACAUCCUCCGAACAAAUCGAUUGGCCAAACCAAAAGGAAAUCAUAUGCUUCAAAAAGCUCAGAAAGCCAGUGAAGCAAUAUGGAGCGAUCAACACCCGGUGCACAUCUCCAAUCAUUUAGCUUCAGCUAGCCAAUGGCUCUCAGAAGCCACAUCCGACUCCAAAAAUUCUGCCCAGCUGUCACUCCACAGUCCUUCUCAACCAAACUAA